GGGAAAAAAAAGAAGAGAGGCACACAUCAGGACAACCGUCGAGGGCCCUGAGAGUAGAGCCUGGAGGAGCGGUGUAACCGGAUCCUGAGGAACAUGGAGGCCUCCCUGACGGCCCGGGAUCGCGUGGGCAUCCAGGAUUUUGUUCUGCUGGACGCCUACACCAGUGAGCGUGCCUUUCUGGACAACCUGAGGAAACGCUUCCAUGAGAACCUGAUUUAUACCUACAUUGGGACGCUUCUGGUGUCGGUCAACCCGUAUAAAGACUUGGACAUCUACAGCAAGAAGCAAAUGGACACCUAUAUGGGAGUUAACUUCUUUGAACUACCACCUCACAUUUAUGCUUUGGCAGACAACGUUUUCCGCACCAUGCAGUCGGAGUUCAACAAUCACUUCAUCCUGAUCUCAGGAGAGAGCGGGGCUGGAAAGACAGAGGCCUCCAAAAAAAUCCUGCAGUUCUACGCUGUCAGCUGUCCGAGCACCAAACUCCUGAACAACGUCCGGGACAGGCUGCUGCUCUCCAAUCCAGUGCUUGAAGCUUUCGGAAAUGCCAAAACCCUGAAAAACGACAACUCAAGCCGCUUUGGGAAAUACAUGGACAUCCAGUUCGACCAUCGGGGUGGAGCUGUGGGUGGUCACAUCCUUAGUUACCUGCUGGAGAAGUCCCGCGUGGUUCACCAGAACCACGGUGAGAGAAACUUCCACAUCUUCUACCAGCUGGUGGAGGGAGGAGAGGAGGAUUUGCUCCGCUGGCUGGGCCUGGAGAGAAACUGCAAGAACUACCGUUAUCUGGUGCAAGGGGAUUGUGCCAAAGUUAGCUCGAUCAAUGAUAAAAGUGACUGGAAGACAGUGCGGAAAGCGCUGUCUGUCAUAGACUUCAGCGAAAGUGACACUGAGCACCUGUUUGGUAUUAUUGCCAGUGUGCUCCACUUGGGAAACCUAAAGUUUGAAGCAGACGCUCGAGGAUAUGCCACCAUCAAAAACAACCAGGAGAUGCAUUGGGUGUCAAAAUUGUUGGGUAUUCCUAACCAGGUGCUACAACAGGGUUUAACCCACAGAAAGAUAGAAGCCAAAACAGAAGAGGUGCUCAGCCCAUUCUCAGUGGAACAUGCUGUAUAUGCCAGGGAUGCCCUUGCCAAAGCCGUCUAUGGCCGAACCUUCGACUGGCUGGUCAACAAGAUCAAUGAAUCACUGGCUAACCAGGAUUCCUCCAGGAAAAGGGUGGUCGGCCUGCUGGACAUCUAUGGGUUUGAAGUUUUCAGUGUUAACAGCUUUGAACAGUUUUGCAUCAACUACUGCAACGAGAAGCUGCAGCAGCUUUUCAUCCAGCUGACGCUUAAAUCAGAGCAGGAGGAAUACGAGCUGGAAGGGAUUGAAUGGGAACCAGUGCCAUAUUUUAACAACAAGAUAAUCUGUGACCUUGUGGAGGAGAAAUUCAGAGGAAUCAUCUCCUUGUUGGAUGAGGAAUGUUUGCGUCCUGGGGAGGCCACCGACCUCACCUUUCUGGAGAAGAUGGAGGAAAAGAUUGGCGGCCAUCCUCAUUUUGUCACACACAAACUUGCAGACAAAAACACAAGAAAAACACUGGAAAGAGGAGAUUUCCGCCUCCUACACUAUGCUGGGGAGGUUACAUAUUGUGUUGUUGGAUUCUUGGACAAAAACAACAAUCUGUUGUAUCGAAGUGGAAAAGAGGUCAUGCAACACUCCAAAAAUGGCAUAAUCAAACACUGCUUUCCCUCCUCUGAACCUGACAGCAAAAAGAGACCAGAAACUGUGGUGACCCAGUUUAAGAACAGCCUGGUUGGUCUGACUGAGAUCCUAAUGUCCAAAGAGCCUUGGUAUGUGCGCUGCAUCAAACCGAAUGAAUCCAAACAACCAGCAAAAUUUGAUGAUGUGCUGGUGAGACAUCAGGUUAAAUACCUGGGGCUCAUGGAGCACCUCAGGGUCAGGCGAGCCGGCUUUGCAUACCGACGCAAAUAUGAGCUCUUUCUCCAGAGGUAUAAAGCUCUGUGUCCAGACACUUGGCCCAACUGGAAAGGUACGCCAGCAGAGGGUGUUCGCUGCCUCAUUAAACACCUGGGCUACAAAACUGAUGAGUAUAAGUUAGGCAGGACGAAGAUUUUCAUCCGCCAUCCCCGGACUCUGUUUGCAACAGAAGACGCCUUUCAGGUCUGCAAGCAUCAGCUUGCAACAAGGAUUCAAGCCAAAUACAAAGGUUACAGAGUGAAAGAAGAGUACCUGAAACAGAAAGCGGCUGCCACUAAAAUUGAGAACUGCUGGAGAGGUUUGAUGGCGAGGAAGGAGCGUGAAAGGAGAGCUUGGGCGGUCAAGGUCAUCAAGAAAUUCAUCAAAGGUUUCAUGACCAGAAAUCAACCAGCCUGCAUCGACAACAGUGAGUACCUGGUCUAUGUGAGGCAGAACUACCUCAGCCGCCUGAAGGAAAACCUUCCCAAAUCGGUCCUGGACAUGGACUCGUGGCUCACCCCGCCACCCAUUUUAAAGGAGGUCUCGCAGCUCUUGCAGAACGUCUUCGUUCGCUAUUUGGUGAGGCAGUACGUCCGAGAAAUCACCCCACAAAGGAAAGCUCAGCUUCUCCUCAAAGCCCAAACAAGCUCCAUGUUCAAAGGAAAAAAAGAAAACUACCCACUCAGUGUGUGCAGCCCGUUUGUUGACACGAGGAUUGCUUUCGAAGACAUUAACCUCAAGGUCCUUCAGACAAUUCAGCAUGAGCACCUCAAGUACGGCGUUCCAGUGGUGAAGUACGACAGGAACGGGUUCAGGCCUCGUCUUCGGCUGCUCAUCUUCACUCAGGAAGCCGCCUACUUGGUCGAAGAAACAAAGAUCAAGCAGCGGAUUGAUUUCACCUCGUUGAAAGGUGUGUCUGUGAGCAACCUGAGCGACAACUUCCUCAUCCUCCAUGUUACAUGUGAUGAUAUCAAACAAAAGGGAGAUCUGGUUCUGCAGUGCGACUUCCUCUACGAGGCUCUGACUAAGCUCAGUUUUAUUGCUGACAAGCAGAGCCGUAUCAAAGUGGUUCAGGGGAGUGUGAGGUUUGACAUUCAGCCUGGCAGAGAGGGAUUUGUUGACUUCAAAAGUGGCCAGGAAUCCAUGGUCUACAGAGCAAAGAACGGCCACUUGAUGGUGGAAUCAACAAGAACCAGAUGAAGAUGAAGCUUAACUGGGAUGAUGAGGCUCUUAGAAGCCUCAGAGAUGCAGAUCUUUAAAACAAAACAAAAAAACAGCCAUGCUUUCUCAACCUGUUAUUGCUCAUGCUCUUCAUAAUGACUGAUUUUAAGUUUUUCAUCUUUAUGAUAUUACUUUAUGGUAGUCUGAUGUUGUUCGUCACCAAAUAAUGCCAAUAUCUCAACAGCAGAAGGAGCAACUGAAGAGUCUGAUCAGAAAACAUAUAAACUAUAUAAGCUAAAAAAAAAGCCUGUUUUGUAUUUGACUCUUGUUGAUAUGGCAAUUUAAGACAUGCAUGUGUAAAACCAUAAAGAGCUUACCUAUGCCA